CUGAAUAACUUAAAGGGAUCACCCUAACGUUUGUUUACAUCAAGUAUCUGUGCUGUGCAUAGUUUUUUGCAAUUUUUACUAUUUUUCACUACUUUUUACUAAAAUUAACCACACUCAAACCGUGUCGGAAAGUACCCGUCGUUACAAUUCGUUGGAGUGCAGUUAAUUAGUGACCGUCGGACCCGUUUGUUGGAGAAAGAACACCUGCUCCAGUAGCACUCGCGAGAUGGCUCCCAGCUGCAAAAAGUGCGAGGCUGAGAUCACCGGGAUCGAGAGGAUCGCGUGUCGCUGUUGCAAAUCGGACUUCCACAGGUCCUGCAUCUCUGGCCUGAAUCGACCGACUUUCGAUGCCAUUGUGAAAAACACCAGCAACUUGUUCUGGUUGUGCGACAAUUGCAAUGGACGUUUCGAUAACCUGCUGCAGGCAAUGGAAACAGACGAGGUCGCUGCCCCCGCAGGUGAGUCUGCGAAGCUCGUUGAGGUCGUGGACAAAUUAAGCGGCAUAGUGUCUGAGCUAUCCAAGCGGUUGGACAACCGUCCGAAGAGCAGUUACGCUGGGAUAGUUGGCUCGGGGUCACAAUCUUAUGAGCCGGGUUCCAAACGUCUCCGAGAAGAUGAACAAUACGAACAACAUCAGCCACCACGGGAGAAAGUGAAGACCGUCUGUGGGACGCGUACUGUUCAACGAGAAAUCAAAACAGUGGUUGAUGAACGUGAGCAGUUUUGGAUGUACCUGGGCCGUCUUCACCACAGUCAUUCCGUCGACGACAUCGCAGAAAUGACUCAGGAGUGCCUUGGGCUUGAAGUGGCCCCCAAAGUGAUAAGGCUGGUCAAGAAAGAUGUGGAUGUGACCAAGCUGCCGUUCGUGUCGUUCCGAGUUCUUCUGCCAGAUGAAACAAGAGAUGUGGCUCUCCAAGCGGAAACCUGGCCUACCGGUGUUGCGAUUCGCGAGUUCGAUUUUGACCAGGUUCGUGCUCCGAGAUUUCGUCAGUGAUCCUGUAUCAUCCCAGCAUGACAUCGACUUGACAACCACGGGACGCAUGUACUACGGCCUUUUGGAAGAUCCCCGCUGCCCCGCCACAGGUGUGCCAUCUUCGUUAUGCUGCCGUACUAUCUGUUCCUGUUGGCUGAGUCG